GGUUAAUAGACUAGGACUCGCUGAAAACUUGCAAUGUACCGUUAAAUAGUGCGCAGAGCAGAAGUGAUUUUACUUGUUGUAUACACAAGCUGACAGUUAAGAUAAUUAUAACAACAAAAUAUCAGCUACUCCUUUUAAAGAGGAAUACUAAAUAGAAUUACGCUUGGAGAAGAAAAAGUGACCAUAUUUUUUCAAAGGCAGCUAUUUUUUUAUAUUUUUGUUGUUGUUACAACUUUAUUGGUGAAUUCGUGAGGACAACUUUGGUUGCAAGCAUUCCAGUGAUAAACAUAAAAGAAACUCCGACAGAAAAAAUACGACACCUUUUAACACGUGACUGCAACAGUUUCAGUGUUCAUUAGUUCUGUGUGUGAAGCAACGGAACACAGCAAUCAUGUUAGGACUUCGUUACACGUGCGUGUUUCAUUUUCUGUGUUUGCACGUGCUCUUGUGUUACUGUGACCCCCCGACUACCACGCCGAUGGUCCAGCUAGGAGUGACUGACCAGCCUACGACAUCACAUACUACGGCCAGUACCGCGCCACGAGUUGACCUUGCUCAGCGCCGUCAGUACAUGUUACACAUGAUACGGCAGAACUUUAUGAGAGAGAUGGGCUGGAACACGCUCCCAACAAUAGACGCCAGUGUCGUGGAGAGACCUCAGGAUCUCCGCCGUUAUGUCCAAGACCUUACCAUGGAAACCCAAACCUGCUAUGCUGCAUCAU